AUGCGAAGGCUGCAACGUAUUUAUCCUCUUCACGCACAUCUUUGUGUUGGUGUUGGCUUUGACCAUACUGUCAUACCAUUUGAGAAGGGGAGAUUACUGGUGGUUUACAACACGGCAAAUUGUUCAAACUGGAUCGAACCCUCUGCGAGUGCCUGGGAGCAGGAUGUUACGCCCUUGCUAUACACAGACUACUACAAAACUCCAACUCCAGGCCGUAUUCUUCUUUUCUGGCUCAGAUGGCCUGUCGUGUAUAAUGUGGAUAUGUAUCUCCACUCACAUCCAAGGAUUUUGGGAUCCAACUUCCCAAAAAAUUCUCGGUUCCAGUGCGCGCGAAAUUCCAAAAUGGCUAGUCAUCCUCCUCAACUCAGCUUUUGUAUUCUUUGCCAUCGUGUUUCUUCUGGACUUGACAUCGAGGAUGACCGCACGUUGAUUUCCCUGGUUUUCAUCCUUUACAAAGCUCACCCGCUCAUGGGUAUUCCAUCUCACCUGAUCUACACCCAAAUCUUCAACACUCUCCGUCACGUCACGGAUGGUUUGCUGGUAGCCUCCAAAGUGCCUGAUGGAAAUCAAUUGUCCAUUCUACAUCUAGUGAACAUCUUGUACCCGCUAUUGAACAUUCCUGAUCGCACUGAUGAAUUGGCUCACGAAGUCCGGAAAUCUGCUUUGUUCCUUGAGGCAACUAAUGUCAGCUUGAUAAUAGUGGGUCGAUCACAAGAUUUUUGCUUUGAGCAUUUGAAUCUGAUGUCGAAAAUUGCAUCAGUUCUGUGUUUGUUUCUGACUAAUAAACUUGUUUCAUAG